AUGUCUAAAAACGCAGAUUUAGAGGCCAUCCCUGCUGCAGAAGAGAUCAAGAAACCAAAUCCUCCUAAAGAAGAAGCUUCUAUAAAAGGGUUCACUUGGUGGAGACGUACUUUACAAUAUAAUACAGGUUUAGGGUUAUCUGAAGAUGAGAAAUUGAACUAUGAAAAUGAUUACAAAUAUAUUCUGGAAAGGAAACAGUGUAAACAAUGUUAUGAAUAUAAAGAUUGGAUUUUAAAAUAUUCUCCAACGGUAACAUUUAUGAUUCAACAAAUAGCUAAACUAAGUGAUGGGAAUCCCAAUAUUGAUGGUAAAAAUUUAAAACCUUUUGAUGAAUCCAAAAUUAUUUGUGAUAUUUGUCCAGAAUGGAAAAGUGGAGGAUUCCAUCCAGAUUUAGGGAUAUUGAUUUGUCAAAAUAGAAUACGUAAUAAAUGGCAUCUGGAAGAUACAUUAGCACAUGAAUUGGUUCACCAAUUUGAUAACUUAAAAUGGAAGGUUAAUUGGCUGAAUUUGAAACAGCACGCAUGUUCUGAAAUAAGAGCUUCUUCAUUAAGUGGUGAAUGUAGAUUUGGUCAAGAAUUUGCCAGACGUGGCUUUGGGUUUAAAAUUGCUAAUGGUCACCAAGAGUGUGUUAAAAGAAGAGCUAUCUUAAGUGUAAUGGGAAACCCAAACUGUAAAGAUAGAGCAGAAGCAGAAUUAGUAGUUAAUGAAGUAUGGGAUAGUUGUUUCAACGAUACUAGACCUUUCGAAGAGAUAUACAGAUAA